UCUGUGGGCUUUCUAUCGCGCCCGUGCGCCCGCGCGCGCGCGUGCCCGCGCAGCGGCCCCUCAGGUACGCGGACAAGAUGGCGGCGGCAGCGGGGGACAGCGCUAUGGAGGUGGUGCCGGCGCUGGCCGAGGAGGCCGCACCCGAGGCGGCGGGCCCCAGCUGCCUGGUGCAGCUGCCGGGCGAGGUGCUGGAGUACAUCCUGUGCAGCGGCUCCCUCACGGCGCUCGACAUCGGCCGCGUGUCUAGCACCUGCCGCCGGCUGCGCGAGGUGUGCCAGAGCAGCGGCCAGGUGUGGAAGGAGCAGUUCCGGGUGAGGUGGCCCUCCCUGAUGAAGCACUACAGUCCCACCGACUACGUCAAUUGGUUAGAGGAGUAUAAAGUUCGGCAGAAAGCUGGGUUAGAAGCCCGGAAGAUUGUAGCCUCCUUCUCCAAACGGUUCUUUUCAGAGCACGUUCCUUGUAACGGCUUCAGUGACAUUGAAAACCUUGAGGGGCCAGAGAUCUUUUUUGAGGAUGAGCUGGUGUGCAUCCUAAACAUGGAAGGAAGGAAAGCUCUGACCUGGAAAUACUACGCAAAGAAAAUUCUGUACUACCUGCGGCAGCAGAAAAUCCUGAACAACCUCAAGGCUUUCCUGCAGCAGCCUGACGAUUACGAGUCCUAUCUGGAAGGUGCCGUUUACAUCGACCAGUACUGCAACCCUCUCUCCGACAUCAGCCUCAGAGACAUCCAGGCCCAGAUUCAUAGCAUCGUGGAACUUGUGUGCAAAACCCUCCGUGGUAUCAAUAGCCGCCACCCCAGUCUGACCUUCAGAGCAGGCGAGUCCUCCAUGAUAAUGGAGAUAGAGCUCCAGAGCCAAGUGCUGGACGCCAUCAACUAUGUCCUGUACGACCAGCUGAAAUUCAAAGGGAACCGCAUGGACUACUACAACGCCUUGAAUCUCUACAUGCACCAGGUGUUGACCCGCAGAACAGGAAUCCCCAUCAGCAUGUCUCUGCUCUACCUGACCAUCGCCCGGCAGCUGGGGGUCCCGCUGGAGCCCGUCAACUUCCCAAGCCACUUCCUCCUGAGGUGGUGCCAAGGCGCAGAAGGGGCCACCCUGGACAUCUUUGACUACAUCUACAUAGAUGCUUUUGGGAAGGGCAAGCAGCUGACGGUGAAGGAGUGUGAGUACUUGAUUGGCCAGCACGUGACAGCGGCGCUGUACGGCGUGGUGAAUGUGAAGAAGGUGCUGCAGCGGAUGGUGGGCAACCUGCUGAGCCUGGGCAAGAGGGAAGGCAUUGACCAGUCCUACCAGCUCCUCAGAGACUCCUUGGACCUGUACCUGGCGAUGUACCCGGACCAGGUGCAGCUCCUGCUCCUCCAGGCCAGACUGUACUUCCAUCUGGGUAUCUGGCCAGAGAAGUCUUUCUGUCUUGUCUUGAAGGUGCUUGACAUCCUCCAGCACAUCCAGACCCUUGACCCUGGGCAGCACGGGGCGGUGGGCUACCUAGUGCAGCACACUCUAGAGCACAUUGAGCGCAAGAAGGAGGAGGUGGGCGUGGAGGUGAAGCUGCGCUCAGAGGAGAAACACAGAGAUGUCUGCUACUCCAUCGGGCUCGUGAUGAAGCACAAGAGGUACGGCUACAACUGUGUGAUCUAUGGCUGGGACCCCACCUGCAUGAUGGGCCAUGAAUGGAUCCGCAACAUGAACGUGCACAGUCUGCCUCAUGGCCACCAUCAGCCCUUCUACAACGUGCUGGUGGAGGAUGGCUCCUGCAGAUAUGCAGCCCAAGAAAACCUGGAAUACAACGUGGAGCCUCAGGAAAUCUCACACCCGGACGUGGGGCGCUACUUCUCAGAGUUCACAGGCACGCACUACAUCCCAAAUGCAGAGCUGGAGAUCCGGUAUCCUGAGGACCUGGAGUUUGUGUACGAGACGGUGCAGAACAUUUACAGUGCAAAGGAGGAUCCAGCCGAGUAGACUCAGGGGAUGUGGCACCUUUGCUGCUGCCGCUGCUGCUGCUGCCGCCUUCCAGGGGACCAGGGUUCCUGAAGGACGCGUGCCGUCCCCGGAGUCAGCAAGGACAGCCACUUAUCAGCAGCCUUGGCUGCCUCCCCACUUUAGAUGGCGCGUGCUCCUCCGGCCACAGAGACAGCGUUGCUCUCCGCUACACUAGUGAAUCAGUUGAAAGGCACCGUGUCCAGUGGCAUGGCUUGUCUGCUUGUCCCGUGGUGACAGUGUGUGACAUUCUGUCUUCAUGAGGUCUCACCGUCCACACUCUGUUCUCUCUCUUCCCAUUCCUGUCUCCAUUCACAUGUGUCAGCGUUUCUCCAGCUGGACAGGCGGGCUCCACAUUUCCUGCUCUCUCUAGAACUUGGGCACCCCGAGUCAGGACUGAGUUCGGUUGUGGUCAGAUGAAGGCAUGGAGAUGGGACUUGGAGCCUUUUUUUUUUUUUUUCUUCAAAUACAUGAAACACAGGUUUUAAGUGUUCCCUUCCCCCCUUUUAAUUUAAUUGGGAGAAGGAACGGCAGUAUCUCCCUUAUCUCCCACUGGGGUCUGUGCACAUGUCAACCCAUUGUGAGCGCCGUCUUAUUCCAUUGGCUCUCUGAGCAAAUGCACAGCAGUGGCCUUUCCCAGCGCCGUUCUCCACAUUAACAGCUGCUCCGUUAAUAUGACUACUUGUUUAAUUUAGGAAUCUGCCCCAGUGUCGGGAGCGGGUCUUAAGUCGGCCAUAGGUCCAUUCCCUAGUGAGGCCUGCAGACCGGAUGGAAAUUGUUCUUAAAACUUGUAGCUCCUGGUCCCCAAAGACAGAGAGAAUGGUUUGUGUUCUGACCAGGAGAAUGAACUAAAGAAGCCUAACCGGGGUAAACAGGUCUCACACCCCUGUCACCCUUUAGAGUUACAUCAGACCCUCCUCCAUCCUGAGAGUGUAGGGCUUAUGGGAAGAGGCAUGCAUGCUCUGAGCUUCAAGCUGCCAGUUAGAAGACUCCAGCACACUGUCCAGGAUAAGGUCUAGCCUUGAGUCACCCCGCCUUCACCUGAUGCUCUUUAGCAGAUCCUAGCAGGGGCCACCGGGUUCUCAGACAAGCUGUCCUGUAGGUGAUUACCCAUUGGGCUGAUGGCACCUCUGGCCUGCGUUUAAAAUGUCGUUGCUCUAGUGAGUGGGGCUUUAGGGAGCUGCCUGCCUGCCUCGCCUGCCUGCCUUCUGCAUGUGUAUUCUCACAACACUCUAGAUGAUUGACCCCUCCUUGAUUGCCCUUCACCAACCCCAGGAUGACAGGAGGGAGACCAUUGGGUAGACUCUGGAGAGACAGGAAGCCUGAGGCUCUUACAGCUGAUAUGGCUCUUGUCCAGCGUCCAUGUCUCACCAGUCAGAACUCAGAGGUGGGUCUGAACACACAUUUGGCAGUUGGACCGACCACUCAGCAUCUGCCUGAGGCUGGAGGAUCUUACAGCUACUCAUUUCAAGGUGAAAACCAACCCACACAGAUUCACACUCUUGCGUCCCGUUACUAAGCAGCCGCGGAGCAUGCUGGGAGUUCCCAUUGUUGGGCUUCUGCUUUGAUCUCCUUUUUCCGUAGAGAAACAUCAAAGCUGAGAGAGAUGGUUUCCCUCCCUGACCUGACUGUAAAUAUGUACCUAGACUGUUUUUAAACGUCUCUCCACGAAGGCUUCGUUUGGCUGAGGGAGCCUGUAUCACCCGUGUAAGUUGGUAUUUGGGCACUUUAUAUUUUUCUAAAAAUGUGUUUUGGAUCCUGUACUCUAAUAAAUCAUAAGUUUCUUUUUAAAAAUUUUUCCAAAAGUUUUCUCCAUUUUCAAAAGCCCUGUUAUAAGAAGUAGAACUUUCACAUGUUAAAAUACUAAAUAUUUGGUUAUAGCAACUUCUCUUCAAAUGAAUGCCAAGGGGUUUUUUUGUUCAGUUUUAUUUUUUUGGUUUCUUUUAUACAAUUAAUAAACGAACUUACCGAGAGAAACCACCCCAGUGACCUGCCCACUUUCAUUCAGUAGCAAGAGAAGAGAAAGCAGAGCCUCUCUCCAUAAUAAAAUAGGGGAAGAAACUAGCUGACCCUAGUUUUUCUUUUAAUGUCUGACAAGUGUCGUACUGAGGCGGACUUUCUGGGCCCUGGAAAGGCUCAGCGUGUCUGGUUGUCAGAGGAGGACUCCUUUUGUCUGUGAACUGAGAACAGAUUCAAGGAGGGAAAACCAGGACAGUGUCACUGUUGGCAUGGUAGCCGCACUCAGCAGGGAUGUCCUACUGUGAACACUGGCUGGGGCUAUUCAGAGUAGGGGCCCUUGUACACCCAGACCGAGAGGCCAGACAGGGGAACAUGUCUUCCUCAGGACCUAGAACUUGCCCAGCACACCCCCCUCAUGCAUACCACCCCAGGCCCAGUGUCUGCAGGCAUACUCUGAAGUGGGCUCAGAGACUGGAGAUGUCCAAGGCUAGCUAGUCCAUCCCUGUCGCCCCCGUUGGCCAUGGCCUUGUUUACAAGCUUGGAGUGCCUUCUUGGACUCAGUUAUGUGUGUCACACCAGCUGCUUACACUCUUGUUCAGAAGUGUUUCCGUCUUCUGUAGUAAAUAGAGCCAGGCCAGCAGCAGGUCCCUUUCCUCCAAAGUUUACCCAACUGGAAGUGGAGGGACUUGGACGACCAGAGACUUCAUUUGAAAGCAUCUGUGACUGUGGUCAUUCAGAUGUGUCCCGUACUAUCUUUGUUUAUCUGGCUUUGGAAGGAAGGAAGGAAGGAAGGAAAGAAGGAAGGAAGGAAGGAAUGUAUACGGAGGUAAAAUUGAGAAUGGGCCUCUGGGCUCUUGAGGACUCGGAUGGCUGUCAUGGUGUGCUGGUUUACCACUGCAGACACUAACCUAAACAGUCCCCUGGCCACAUGGCUGGCAAAGCCUGAUCACCAAACAUCUCGGCUGUGCUGGGUGGCAUCUCUCGCUUGUCUUUUGUUUUGCAAGGAGUGAUGAUUUCUGUCCUUCAAGGCUGCUUGGAGGCAGGCUGCUGCUGGAUUAGGCGCUUGUGAGCAUAAGGUCCUGCUGUGUGAACCUAGGCCAGGCUGUUUGUGUGGGUGGGUGGAUGGGAAACCCACCCUUGAACCCACAGCCAUGCUAUGGACAUAACUACCUCACUGCACUGCUCCCCCAACCUGUUCUGAGCAUCCCAAAGCCUAGAAGUUCAAGAACGUUCCCUUCUAUAGAUAAAAAUUCUGUGCAAUUCUAGCAUUGAUGUGCGGUAGCCGAGUAGUGAUGAUUGUAUCAGGUUAACACUGCUUCUGUAAUAAACAGACCCCAAAACA